AGGGAUCUCAACUAGGAAGUUGUGACAAAUCGAAACCAGCGUUAGUUCCUGGACUUCGCUGGAUGAGCCUUGAAUUUCGGUGAAGCUGGUGUUAAAGGGAAAAAGUUCACAGGCAGGAAGUUACCGGCUUCCUUUGUGAAGUUUGUACCGAACGUUGCAACAGCUGUUUCACAAGAGCCAGCCUUCCCGUCACCUGCAUGGCCUGUGAUUGAAUACACUCCUUUGUCUUUUUCCCUCUCCUGCCGUUAAAAAGAGACCUGAAGCCAUCGUCAGUGCAACGCUUUCCCACAGAUAAAAAAAAAAAUGACCAGCACCGUCAACUACCUGUGGUCACAGGAGGACAUCCUGGGGCAGGGGGCAACAGCCAGUGUCUACAAAGCUCGCAACAAGAAAACUGGUGAGCUGGUGGCAGUCAAGGUGUUCAACAACAUGAGCUACGUCAGGUCCUACGAAGUGCAGAUGAGGGAGUUUGAGAUGCUCAGGAAGCUGAACCACGUCAACAUCGUGAAGCUGUUCGCGGUGGAGGAGAUGCACAUGAACAGCAAGCAGAAGGUGCUGGUGAUGGAGUACUGCUCGGGGGGCAGCCUGCUCAAUCUCCUGGAGGAGCCGGAGAAUGCCUUCGGGCUCCCGGAGACCGAGUUCCUCAUCGUGCUGCAGUGUGUCGUGUCUGGCAUGAACCACCUGCGCCAGAACAGCAUGGUCCACCGUGACAUCAAGCCCGGGAACAUCAUGCGCCUGCUGGGCGAGGACGGCCUCUCCGUCUACAAGCUCACCGACUUCGGGGCAGCGCGGGAGCUGGAGGACGACGAGAAAUUCGUCUCCAUCUACGGCACGGAGGAGUACCUGCACCCCGACAUGUACGAGCGGGCCGUUCUCAGGAAGCCUCAGCAGAAGUCGUACGGCGUCACCGUGGACCUGUGGAGCAUCGGUGUGACGUUCUACCACGCGGCGACCGGCAGCCUUCCCUUCGUGCCGUACGGAGGACCGCGCAGGAACAAGCAGAUCAUGUAUAAGAUCACCACUCAGAAGCCGCCAGGGGCGAUAGCAGGGACUCAGAGGGUGGAGGAUGGGCACAUAGAGUGGAGCUACGAGCUUCCCAUAUCCUGCCAGCUGUCCACGGGGCUGAAGGCCCAGCUGGUGCCGGUGCUGGCCAACAUCCUGGAGGCCGAUCAGGAGAAGUGCUGGGGCUUUGACCAGUUCUUCGCCGAGACCACGGGGAUCCUUGACCGAGUGCCUGUCCACGUCUUCUCCCUGCAGCAGGCCUCCAAGCACACCAUCUACAUCCACCACUACAACACGGCCUCCAUCUUCUUUGAGGAGGUGUUCAGGCAGACGCAGGUGAGUCCUGAACAGCAGCAGUUCCUGUUCCACGGGCAUCCCUUGCUCCUGGAUCCCACCAUGAAGGUGAUGAGCUUCCCGCCAACCAUACCUGACCGGCCAAUCUUCCUGAUGAGCCGCGAGCUGCAGAAAACCGUUGGAGUCCUGUACCGAGAGCCGGAAACCCCAGCUGUACCUCCACGGUUUGAUGUGGUUGCAGAUUUUUCUUUCACUAAGAGUAUUGUGGGCAUUAUUCACCAGUAUCUGAGGAUUGCACAGUCUUUGCUGAAGUGCCAAGAGCUGCUUUUGAAUGGAUUCUAUAGCUUUUUCGAGAACGUGCGACAGGAGUGUAGCACCGUAGUUAACAAGAUCAACAUCAUGAACAUGAAGCUCACUGCCUGCCUCAAGACAGAGGAGAAACUCGUCAGACUGGGCCAGUCUGCAGGGGACUACAAGACACCGGAACGUGCCGACCACUUGGAGCACAAGAAGAAACUGCACCUGAUACAGGAGCACCUCCCUUUGUAUGUGGAGAGCGUGCGGGACCUGCAGGCCCGGCUGGAGCAGAUGAAGCAGGAGUGGUCCAAGCACUCGGACGUGUGGGCGCGGGACAGAACCACACAGAAAAUUGAUGUUCUGCUUGGGAAGAUCACAUCAGUCUACCAGCAGUACAGGAAGGACAGAAUAACAGGCAAACUGUUGUAUAAUGAUGAGCAGAUCCACAAGUUUGAAAAGAUUAACCUGACGGCGCACAUUAAGAAAGUCAAAUGUCUCUUCAGAGACGACUGUGUGCAUACGUACAAGAAUGCUCUGGUGACAGUGAGCAGCUGGUCCAGCACAUUGAAUGACAUCAGGAAGAGGCUGAAGGAUCUCAGCUGCUCUUUACAUAAAGUCAUUGACAACCUGCAGAGCUGUGAGGAGCAUCAGAGCCAGGCGCUGGACAGAGCACUCCUCGGAGCGCAGCAGAACGUGCUCUGCGCGGAAGCGCCGGGCGGCCUGAAGGACCGAGACCAGAUGAUAGCCAGGAUUAAUCGGCUUAGAGAAGAAAUGGAAGUGGUUGCUCGUGAACUCCAACGUAACAACAAUAUAAUAGAGGGCUUUGGAGCCCUGAACAACAGUCCUGGGGUCUGAUUGCCUGCUCCUUCUGAAAUCAGAGCCGAUGUCCCUUGGCGUUCAUCACGCAGGAUUUCAAAAGCACAGCACUUUGUACCACAACACUUAAAAACUAUCCAAACUACUCUGCACUGUAAAUCAACAAAGGAAAGCCUUUUAAAGAUGAAUGUAUAAACCUCUGUAUUUUUUUUAUUUACGAGUAUCCAGCUACCUGUCUUGCACGCUGUAGAACCAGCCCCAGAUUGAAAACUGAGCCAGGAUUCAGUUCGUUCUGUACGUCUUCAAGGUUUGAAGGUCAUGUGUGAUGUUGGUCAGGAGCCCUGAAGUGAAUGGCCAGGGAUCUGUGACAGAAGUGAUCACAAAAUGAUAUAUGGUAUAAUGGUAUAAAACAAUCAGGCAAACGUACAAAGCUCGGUCUCUUUCAAGACAGCCAACAGAGAGGCCCCAGGUCCUGAGGAAUCGCUGCAGACUUCCUGUCCAAUAAAAACGUAUCCUCUCCAUUGUAAUUGAGGAGAUCAUAUCAUUGAGCCAGUUCUUCACGAAGGGCACAAUGACAGGUCUCCACUCUUCAAGACGUUUAUCAACUGCAACCAUCCAUGCUAAUUGUUGUGCUUUUGUUAGUCUGAAUGUUGCCUUUGAAAAACCAAAGACUGCUGAUUCAGGAUCUGGGGGAAUAUUCUUCCCAGAAUCCUAUGAGUACUGUAUUUUUACUUACAGGACCAGAAAUUAAAGAGGUCUAAUCCCCACCCUCUCUGGUAUAGAACCAUUUCUCUUUGUGUGACUCCGUGUGUAUUUUUUUAAAGAUAUGCAACCACCCUUCUGCCCUCCGCCAUUCCAGUUACCAGCCCAACACGUCCUGAUCUGUGAUCUUCCAGUUCGUUAACUGGAAUGGUCAACUCAGGAUACGCGUGCAGUUCAUGGACUGACCACUGGGGGGCAGGCUUGAUUUUUUUUUAUAGCGGGUACGUCCAGAGGCAGAAUUGUAUAACGGUGAAGGUGUAAAUUGAACGAAGGGUGUUGCUUCUUGUUUGACAGUCGUGUAAGUUAUUGCGAGAUAUUAAUUGAACAUUUAAUAAACUUCAGUAGCAAUGGAAAAGGAA